AUGGUGGUGCGAGUGGCAACGGAUGAACGGCCGUUCGAGACGCCGUCCUCGGACGAGAGUGGUCUAGGCAGAAGCGACUCUCCCAGUGAUGACAGUGAACCUGAAGCGGCGUUGGUCGUACCGCCUGAUGGUGGUUGGGGCUGGGUAGUUGUUGCUGCCUCAUUUAUGUGCAACGUGAUCGUCGAUGGUAUCAUUUUCUGUGGUGGGAUGAUGCUAACGCCAAUACAGAAAGAGUUCAACGUCAGCGAUGGAGCUGUAGCGCCUGUGAACUCACUGCUAGCCGGUUUUUAUCUUUUAGCUGGACCCUUUGUGUCGGCACUGGCUAAUAAAUAUGGCUUCCGGAUUGUAACCAUAGUGGGCAGUGUGAUAUCGAGUAUUGCAUUUGCGCUUUCCUAUUUUGCCACGAGCGUUGAAUAUCUUUACCUUGUUUAUGGAGUUCUUGGAGGUAUCGGCUUCUGUAUGAUCUACAUGCCAGCAGUGCUAACGGUCGGAUUUUACUUUGAGAGAUGGCGUGCCCUCGCCACGGGUUUGGCACUGUGCGGCUCUGGAGUUGGAACUUUCAUAUUCGCGCCUCUGACCAAUAUCUUUAUUGAGCAACUUGGCUGGAGGACGACUAUGCUUAUAAAUGCUGGAGUUGCACUAGGUUGUUUAAUAUGCGGCGCCAUGUUCCGUCCUAUUAAACCAGUAAGAGUGACGCUCGCUGACCAAAGAGAAGAAGAUGAUACAGCCCGCCGACAUGAAGAGGCUGUAGAAAAAUUAAAUUCAAUGCUCAAGCUACAUAGCAAACUUGAUUCGGGUAUUUCAAUGCCACCAGAAAUGAGAUUCACGAACAAAGUCAGCCCACACACGUGGAUGGGAGUCGCCAACAACACUCGCUAUCCUACAGCGGAAGAAAUCUUUAGAGGAAGCAACUCCCACCUCGGUAGACGAUCCUCGGCCACAGCUGGAACUAUCAAACAUAAUCUCACAAACAAACCUAUGUUCAUCACCGGAGCGGUGGCUGAAAAAGAUGAACAAGAUGACUCUAAUAGCAACAUUGACAACGCAGAGCCUUUAAUUGCUACCCCCAUUAAAGUGGUGCCGGCGGACGCAAGACCACGACGUUCUCACGCCGACUUAGUAGCGAGACCUUUGUACCGUGACGAUAUAUUCUUCGGAGCAAGUCUUGCAAGAUUACCACAGUACACGUCCCGCACAUCGCUCGGUUACCAUUUGGCGGUCACUCAUGUUCCGACCCAGCAAGACGCUCAAGAGGAUGAAUCUGGAAAGUGCAGCCUUUGCCCAGAAGCUGUUAGACGAGCGCUUGCAACUAUGUUGGAUGUCAGCCUCUUCAGAUCGCCGACUUUCAUUAUCCUUGCUGUUAGCGGUUUCUUCACAAUGUUAGGAUUCUUCGUGCCAUACAUGUACGUGAAGCAAAGAGCAGAAGCGAAUGGACUGAGCAAGGGGUCAAGUGUGAUGUUGGUGUCAGCUAUCGGUGUUGCGAAUAUAAUUGGACGUAUUGGUUGCGGUGUCGUGUCUUCCAUGCCAAAAGUGUCGCCAUUGUGGCUGAACAAUAUUGCUCUUUCUGCUGGCGGAAUAGCUACAAUGAUGAGUGGACUCUAUUACAACGAUAUCUUCCAGUUCGCAUACUGCGUUGUCUUCGGCCUUUCUAUUGCCUGUUUCGCAUCACUUCGCUCAAUCCUAGUCGUGGAAUAUAUCGGCCUGGAGCAAUUGACCAACUGUUUUGGUCUAUUCCUUCUCUUCCAAGGAUUUGGAGCUCUUUUGGGCAGUCCUAUUGCUGGUGCCCUGAUGGAUUUAACACACAGUUAUGACAUAUCAUUCUACGUGUCCGGCGGGUUCCUUCUCUUCUCUGCUGUGAUUUGCUAUCCUGUAAACUGCAUUAGUAGGUGGGAAAAAUCACGCAACAAGCUUACGGCGUCACCAAAAGUCUGA